AUGGCGCGUCUCCUCCACGACGUCGCGGCUCCGGCCCUCCUCCUCCUCAUGCUCAUGACGCCCUGCAUCAUCAUGGUAUCCAUCGCCACCAUCAUCGUCAACACCACGACGUGGAAACCCCCCUUUGCUAUUUCCACGCCCACUUCCAUAGCUGCAUCUACCAUCCUCACAACCCACUUCCAAACGGACAACACGCUCAUGGAUAACAUCUCGGUCCCGGAUCAAAGCAACAGUCUCAAGAGUGCGACCGGCCUCGCCGAUAGCCCCUCCGUCGCAACUGCUGGUGGUGGCAACACGCGCGCGAGCGACAUCGAUCUUAAAACUGAGAGAAGCACAACUUCUGAUGUACAUAUCAUCCCUCUUGCGCUGCGCAAGGCUAGCUACGGAGGUCGUCCACGCGAGUCUCUGCAGGGUGGCCUGCUCCAGCGUGAUGGACUAUCAUAA